CAACGGAAGCAGUAACCACUGUGACCCAUACUCCAAACAAUGCAACGGCACCAGUAACCACUGUGACCCCAACUCCAAACAAUGCAACUUUGACAACAGUUAUUCCAGCAACACCUCCAGUGCCAGCAGAUUCAAAGCUCCAGAUGACAUUUAAACUGGAAGAAACUUUUGUUGCGGGCCUGGAAUCGCCUGGAACUUCAGUGUUUGUCAGUUUUGCAACAAGAAUAGCUAACGACCUGGAUAACAUCUAUAAGCGGAGAUUCAGGAAUUUUCUGCGAGUUCUAAUCAGGGCUUUCAGACGAGGUUCAAUUGUCGUCGACUCCGAAUUGAUAUUUGCAAAUGCGAGCUCUGUGCCAGACCCUCAAGUUGUUGCAGAGACUCUGGUGAACGAAAGCGCCAGCUUGAACUUCACACUGAACGUAACAAAUGUAGUUGUGACAAGAGAGUUGGUAACGACUAUUUCUCCAACUGUGAAUACAACAGCACCAGUAACCACUGUGACCCCAACAUCAACCAAUGCAACGGCACCAGUAACCACUGUGACCCCAACUCCAAACAAUGCAACGGCACCAGUAACCACUGUGACCCCAACUCCAAACAAUGCAACGGCACCAGUAACCACUGUGACCCCAACUCCAAACAAUGCAACGGCACCAGUAACCACUGUGACCCCAACUCCAAACAAUGCAACUUUGACAACAGUUAUUCCAGCAACAACUCCAGUGCCAGCAGAUUCAAAGCUCCAGAUGACAUUUAAACUGGAAGAAACUUUUGUCGCGGGCCUGGAAUCGCCUGGAACUCCAGUGUUUGUCAGUUUAGCAACAAGAAUAGCUAACAACCUGGAUAACAUCUAUAAGCGGAGAUUCAGGAAUUUUCUGCGAGUUCUAAUCAGGGCUUUCAGACGAGGUUCAAUUGUCGUUGACUCCGAGGUGAUAUUUGCAAAUGCGAGCUCUGUGCCAGACCCUCAAGUUGUUGCAGAAACUCUGGUGAACGAAAGCGCCAGCUUGAACUUCACACUGAACGUAACAAGUGUAGUUGUAACAAGAGAGUUGAUAACGACUAUUUCUCCAAAUGUGAAUACAACAGCAGUGACUACAGCAGCGCCAACCACAACUGCAGCACCCACAGGUCCUCCAUCUGCCACUGAGGGAUUUCUUUUCAUGAAAUUUGGUCUCCAAAGAGAUUUUACCUCAGAUUUGGCCGACAUCACUUCAACAGCAUUUCUCCAAUUGGCCUCAACUGUGGUCAAGGAGAUUAACAGAAUUUGCGUUGACCUCUUCGGUGGUUUCAGUCGCUCACGCGUCAAUUCCUUCAGGAAUGGAUCUGUGAUUGUCAACAUGACUCUGGUGUUCAGAAACAACAAUUUUCUUCCGAAUUUAAGCAGUGCUCAGUCACUGCUGGAAAAUGAGCUUCUUAGUUCUACCGUAUUGGAAUAUAUUAAAGGCAGUCUGGUUUUAGCAUCGGGCGGUCCUCCUCAACCCACAGUGGGAAGUUUGACCUUCUUUUCACUAAUCAUGCUGGCUGUGGCACAGAUGCUGAUCAACUCAUAGUACUCGAAGCAUAUGCAUUGUCAUUUGAUGCAAGAAGGCAUGCAGUAAUAUCCAAGUUUGACAUAACACAUGCACACUGUGAAACUUACCAUAUGUGGUAAAAAGAUGUGUCCUGUGGGUCAAAGUUUGAGAAAGCAAAUUGACAUGCCCUAUUUAAUUUAGUAAUCAACACAUGUAUCUUUUUUGUUCUUUAAAUACAUAUUUCUUUGAUUUUUUUCAGUAAUAACUUUAAUGUAAAAAAAAAAAACAACUAAUGUCUAAAUUAUCAUGGGUGAUAUGUGUCUUGCUCAAUGUAAUUUCUGACUCAGCAAAAAUUUUUUCAUUUAAAUCUAUAUUGCCCCCCAAAGAAUCUCAAUGUGGUCAGCAUGGUGUGUGUAUAAUGCUAUGAGAAGAGGGAAUUUUUUUGUUAUAUUGAAGAAUUUGUAAUUUAACCUGCUAUAUUAUAUAAGUUGUUUGAUAGUACACUGUAAUGUCCUGACAAUUAUCUGUGUUAAGCAAUAUAUAAGGAACUUUUAAUGAUUUCUGUUGAAUAUUUUAUGUAUGUUUACAAAAUGCAAAGGAUUAAUUCUACUAUGGAUCAAAAAUGCAAUAAAAUGUUACCUAUAAAGACCUAUGUUGACAUUA